AUGUUUCUCACCACGUGCCUGCUGCUCGCCGCAACGAGCUGCUGCAACGUCGUAGCCACGACGGGCACUGAACAAGACAUGAGACGAGACUUGGGAUCGAUCCAAGCUUCUCUCGGAGGCGUAAACACCGCCCUCGCGAGCCUAGACAGCGCCAUUCUCAACGACCCCGCAAACCCAAAGGUCCUCUUCAGCAGCAUCAAUGUACUCGAGUCAAUCCAGCAGGCAACAUCAUCUAUCAACGCAUCGCAGCCACUGGGCCCAGCCGACACGUCCAACCUCAAGGCCACGACCGACAGCCUCGUGUCCAACGUGAACGUCACCGUCACGGACCUCAUCAACCAGAAGCCCCUCUUCAACCGCCUCGGCCUGGAGAAGGUUGUUUCACUCCAGCUCCAAAACAUCCAGGGCGCCGCCCUGGCCCUCGCGUCUACCCUCGCCAGCAAGGUCGACCCGGGGGCUUCGAGCCUCGCUCUCGAGGGCAUCAGCGCACUCAACAUGGCGCUCCAGAGGGGAGUCACGUUCACCGUCACCGGCCCCUCCGUCGCUCAAUCCUCCGGCGCCGAAUCCUCCACCACCGAACGCCCAGCCAUCCAACGGUCCUCCACCGAGUCCUCCGCCGCCCAAUUCGCCCACAGGGAGCAUUGGUCCCGGGCCCUGGAACAUGUCAAUGCCGAUACCUGGCACAUUUGA